AUGGCACUGGGGGCGGGAGGAGGGGGAGAGGAUGAUGAGCGCAUGCAGCACGAAGGUGGCAAGAGUAGUUACUGGGCGCCGACACGUCCCGAGGCUCGCGGCGCUACACUCGGCAAGCUCCAUGAGGUCGAUCUGGGCGAGGAGGUCAAGCAGAGGAAUAUUGCGUUGACGGCACAGGCGCUUACGGGCGGGGGCGAGGUGCAGGCGGAUGUGGCGGGCGGGAGGAGGAGGCAGCGCAGGAGGAGGAACAGUCAGGAUAUUGAGCGGGAUAGGCUCGUCGAGGAGGUGCUCAAGGAGACCAGGCUGGAUCUGUAUCCUGAGGAUGCGGCCGAGGAGGAGGAUCGUGAUGAGGAGGGCGCGGCAGACGAUAAGAUCGCCGAGAAGUUUCGGAAGGAGUUUAUUGAUGCGAUCCUGUCCAAGAGGAGGAGGCGCGGCGCAGAUCCCAAGACCAAGGGGAAUAAGAAGGAGGAUAAGAAGAGGCCGAAGGGACCGAAGCUGGGUGGUAGCAGGAUGGCGAGGGCUCAGAUGCGGGAGCAGCAGGGUCUGAAUGGUGGCAAUGGACCCUCGGGACCCGGGAGGAAGUGAUAUCUACGAUUGCGCCCGGGUUGGGCUGGUGUUACUCUUUUCUUUCUUUUCCUUUUCUUUCCCAUAUUCUCUCCUUAGACACGGCAUGUAAUGGCACGUUUAUUUCUUAGAUACGGCAUGUGAUGCACGUUUAUUUCUGCAUGUAAUUUUACUCCACUUUUACGAAUAACAGGAAGCAGCGCAUAUAGCAGGCAAU